CCGCCGCCGCGCAGCAGCACUCAAAGAAGAGGGAGCUACAUUACUUCAAUCGGGUCGCGGUCAUUGCUACGCACCUGCACAGUUACGAUGCUGGAUUCCGCGCUCGCCUAAACGCGCACGCUCGGCGUCUCUGCGACACCCCCGCCCGCACUUUCGCGCAACAACACCCGACCAAACAACAUGGCAGUACCCGACGACGAACAGAACGCACAGCCCGAGACGUCUGCUUCCACGCCCAACUCGACUCCCGCCCCUCACAGCGCAUCAAAGACCGUUCAUGCGCCCAAAGACCGCGCCUGUCCUUUCUGCGGACAGGCCUUCACCUCGUCCAGUCUAGGCCGCCAUUUGGAUCUGUAUAUUCGACCCAAGAAUCCCAAGCCUCCCGAUGGCGUGCACGACGUCGAUGAGAUCAGGAAGCUACGCGGAGGUAUAACGCGCCGGCAGCCGCGCACGAGCGGCAAAGCGGAGGGUGGUGCUGCCAGCAAUGCGCGCAACAGCGUCGACCACAGCGCAACGCGCCGAGAUGGCCGCGGCGACGGCGACGAGGAUGAAAAGGCGGCCUCCACUGCGCGCGCCGACCAGGAGACACCAAUCCAAUCGCCUGUGAAUUCUAAAGACGUGCAAGAGCCUGCCUCAUUCUUCAACAAGGCCAAUUGGCAGGCCACGGGCGUCAUAAACAAUCUGCCCCCGCGAGCACCUUCACGAAGUGCUUCCGAGCAUCCACCAGCACCUUCAGGCCAAGCGCAACGUAUUCAGGACAUGCGUCGCGACGCCGGGGGCACCAGAAUCCAGCGUCCCGAGUACGAAGGCGGCGACAGCAUGUGGAGACUGCAAGAGGCUGCGGAAAUGGGUCGCGCCGCAGAGAUGGCCCUACGUGAAGUUCUGGGUAGUCUGGAGGCCGCCGCGAAGAAGGUUGAACCCAAAUUGCUCUACAACGAUUUUGAUUUCUUCUCGUUAUCAUUUCCAGGCCUCUGUCUAGCUAUUCUCCCGCCGCCCACCACUCUGUUCAGCCCAGCUCCCUUUGCGUCUGCUGAAUCGUGGACCAUUGGCGCUCCUGGCUUACGGCAGUACGAGGCCAUGAUUCGUCUCAUGAACGAGCGCAUCAAUCAGCGACAACAGAACGAUCCCGUUCCGGACUCCGUAUUGUUCAAACAUCAUACGCACCUUUCGGGUGCUUGGGAGCAUUGGGAAGGAAUGCCGGAAUCAGAGCGUACUUCGGCCUGGCAGCUCGAAAUCUUGCGCUCCUUCACACGCUCUCAGGAACGCAAUGAGCAACUUCAGACUGAAAUAGACCGACUGCACCAGCAUAAUCAGCACCUUGAGGCCGAGUACGACCGUUUAUCGCGAUGUCAGCUUCCUCGGGAGUAUCUUACGCAUCCUCCAAAUACAAUCCCCGUGCCACCCGCGGUGAUGAAGGAGGUGAACCGCUCGGGUGCAAGCAUGUCGGCGGCCCAAGCGAAUUACAACGUAGAAACGCUGAUUUCCAAAUGGCGAUCCACUAUCCGCGCAAAUACGCGCUCUUCGCGCACUACAGCACCUUCAGCGACUUCUCGACCACAAAUUUAUACUGAAAAGGGUUCUAAUGCUCUUCAAGAGGACAUGGUCAUGAAUGGCUCUGUUUGGGGAGUCCAAGGACCGAUGCCUCGAGCAUCAAAUAUGGAUUGGCAGCAGCAUGAGAAGGAAAAGAUGUCGUACGAAACGCCACCUAAUCCGGGAGCCGUGGUCGGCAGUGCUGACGAUGAAGCUACACCUAACAACGAUGCCGAUGCAGACGGUGAGACUGAAGAACUAGACGCGAAUGAUCGGGCAAAUUCUAUGUCCAAACGACGCCGGUUGGAAGGAGCGAGCGCAUACGGCUCACCAGAGUCGAGUGUACUCAAUGGCAACGUGAAGCGUCCGCUCAAUGGACGAGGUGGUGGGCCUAGGAUACUCAAAGAAAAUACCCGAUAGAACGAAUGACACUAUUCAAGUUGAAC